AUGAAGGGUCUUAUUAUCGGACUGGCCUCUUUUGGCCUCACCAGUGCCGCCGCAGUCAGCUCUUUGGCGCAGCCCGUAGCUCGCCGAGGGUGCCUCGUCUCCGACGAGGGCGCUAUUCAAGACCCGGCCAUCCAAUACAUGGAAAAGACUGUUCGCCGUCAGAACUUCCCGAGCAACUUCACUGUCGACGUUAAUUUCCAUCUCGCCAGCACCGAGGAAGAAGCGGACCUGAUCACGGACGAGAUCGUCGAUGCGCAAUGGAAGGUUCUCCACGAGGCCUUCGCUAGGUACGACAUCAACCUUGUGCUCAACUCGACUGAGCGUACGGUCGACAACCUGACUGGUUCCGCUUUCCUCAUCAACGAGGGACCCGACAAGGGCUGGGUUUAUCACGAGGAAGAGUACAAUACGUAUCUGAAGGCGACUCGCAAGGGCGGAUAUGAUGCUUUGAACCUGUACUUCUUCAGCAGUUACUCGCCGGGUGCUACAGGCUACUGCCAGUGGCCUACACCUCUCGCCGAAACCGACGAGUUGACCUUUUGGAAGGAUUCGUGCCAGCUGAGCGCAAUGACUAUGCCAGGCUUCACCGCUGAGCAGGGCGCUUUCGAGUCGUGGAACCUUGGCCAUCUUGCGGUUCACGAGAGUGGCCAUUGGUUUGGUCUGAACCACACCUUCGCCGGUGGCUGCUCAGAGCCUGGCGACUUUGUUUCAGACACGCCAGCGCAGCUCACCCAGAUCUUUGGCUGUCCCGAGGGUUCCGACUCUUGCCCAAACCAACCCGGUUUGGACCCCAUUCACAACUACAUGGGCUAUACUGAUGAUGCUUGCACGAACGAAUUUACUCCGGGACAGAAGGACCGCAUGUUUUCAACCUUCUUCAACUUCCGUAGGAAGUAA